UUCCCAGAAUGCAUGGCUUCUAGCGCGGCGCCCAGCAGUCCAGGCCCGGACUCUAACAAAUAUCUGUUAAACUUUCUCCAAAAUGUCGAAGGCGAGGCGGAAUGGAGGCUGGAUGAAGAGCCGGACCGAGACACAAUCGGUCUGCAGAGAUGUUGAGCGGCCUCUUUGAUUCAGCUGCUGUGAUCUUGGUGUUCAAGGCUGCUGAAUACUAAAACAGACUGGGCCAACACAACAGUUCUACUCAAGAAACAUCAAUCCAGCCAGAGCUUCCAAAGCUCCUCAUCAACGCAGCCCUUUUGGGGUUGCUAUGGCAGCUGCUGUCACAGAAACCAAUUGCUGGACACAGGCUUUCCUCAGCAGGGCAGGACAGACCACUAGUCAUUGCCGCAAAAAAACAAACAGUCAACAAACAGCACUUAGCAUUAACUCUAGCACUCAAAGUUAACAAAGCAACCAGAGGUCUGCAGGCUGAUGGUUAGCUGUGUGGUGAAACCUCAUGAGUCUAGUCUGUGUCUGUUCAGGCUCAUGGCAAGAGUCCCUGUGCAGCAGCAGAGCAAGUACUGUUACUAGACCAUGUUCCACCAGCAGGACAAUCUGAAGAGCCAUCUGCAGGAAAGCCACCCAGCCAGCAGGCAGCUCUUUCACUGCCAGGAGUGUGGGAAGCAGUACAACACUCAGCUGGGUUAUCGACGCCACCUGGUGGCAGCCCACAGUACUGCAACAGGCCCGCCUUGUCCAGAGGGGGCACCGUCCCUCCUCGAGCAACUAGGCGGCCAUACAGACAGGCCUCCACCCUCAGAGGGUAACAUUAACGCUGCUGUGCCAGUGAGAGAGAGGAAGUACUCGUGUGAGCGAUGUGACCGUCGGUUUUAUACUCGUAAAGAUGUUCGACGUCAUGCUGUGGUGCACACUGGGCGCCGUGAUUUCCUCUGCCCACGCUGUGAACAACGCUUUGGCCGCAGAGACCACCUGACCCGCCACUUGAAGAAAAGCCAUGCCCAGGAGUCAGGGUUGAUGCCAUCAUGUACUCUAGGUACUCCUUUGGCUACACCCACUGCUGCCACCCAGUGCCCAUUGAAGGAGCCGUGCCCUGUAACCUCUGAGAUGGUCUCCAUCUCCAAGGAGCCCAUGGAGACUUUCCCCAGGGACAUGUACAACUCUUAUCCUAUGACCAAUGCUGUCCCCGGGAUGGGCCACCCUCAUGGCCUCAUGCAAGGUUCCUUAUCCUCAAGCAUGGGUGUAGGACGCCACAUUCCCCCCCAGUCUUCACACUCUCACCUCCAUCACUUGCAGCCCCCUGCAGCUCCACAGCAGCAGCCCUACAGCAACAUGGCCAGGUACCAGCAUGGAUCUACCUCAUAUCCUCGUGCCGACGUGGACAGUUUCCUGCUGGACCUGCAGAGUGUCCCUCCACCACACCUGAGUGCAGUUAACUCCUCUACCUCUACUUCUGCCUCACCCCAGAGGGAGGUGCUGGGUGAAGGGGUGGCUUCUGGUGGCGACCCCCACCUGCUGUGCCGGAGCCCUGCUGCAUCUUCAGCCGAGUUGUCCUGUACCACCAACAUGGACCUCGGGCCUCUGCUGGGGUUUUUGCCUUUCAGCCUGCCGCCCUACAGCCCUCACAUGGGGAUGGGAGGGUUAGUGAUGAGCUAUCCACCUGCCACCACAACCACUUCCUCUCCAUCCUCUUCCACUGGGCUGUCCUCACAGGCCCCAGGCCCUUUCUCUUUCUUCCAGCCUCCCCAGGCUCAUGUACCCCAGGGCCCUGGAGCCCACAACCACAGCCAACUACCUCAGGCAUACAGUAGUCCUACUAUGAGCACUUCAAGCUCCCUACCUCACUACUACCAGGCCUUUCAGCAGUAAGCAGCUCUGUCCCCACAAACGUUGCCUUUGUCAUGCUCAUGGAUUUUUCAUGAAAAGGGUAAAACAUGAGAUCAGCAUCUUUAUUGUAAAACACAUGUGAAACUUUCAUCUGCCAGUGCUUAUGAUGCUAAUCUUUGUAGUUUUUUUUUGUUGAACACAACAAAUCACCUCGUCAGUAUUACCUCAUUAUUUAAAAGGAAGCUUGAACAUUUGAAGAAAUGUGAUGGUCUCACUACAACCAAAACGGAGAACCUCUCUUGGUCAGACCUAUUACCAACAGUGGAGCACUUGAAACACUUCUUACAGGUGCUGCACAGUGCUAAAUUGUUCAGUUUUAGAUUAUCAAAAAAAAUAGGUGAUGUUAAGAAAUAUUUUAACCAAUUUAUGUUAAAGAAAAUGUCCUACCUUAUUGAAGCUGAUUUGAGAUUUCCUAAUAUUUUUGAUAUAGAUAGCCUUAGGUGGAGAGACAAAAUUGUCUUGGAAGUUCUCAUUUAAAGUAAACUCCGGAGCACUGUUUGCAUAUGAUUAUAAGAAAUGCAAAGCCACUUCCCAGCCAAUAAUUACAGCAUUACACCAACCAUCAAAGUGCAUCAGCAGAUCAACCAUUAUUUCAAGUGGCAUAACUAAUAUUUAGGUUAGUAUGAGGCCAUGUAUCAGUGAUUGCAGUCACUAUGGUGGCAGUUAUCCGUAACUGUAAAUCAGUUACUCUUUAUUAAAAAAUUUUAACAGAGCGGCUCUUACAGCUGGAAUUUUUUAUUUGAGCCCUUAGGGGUGUUAUUAGAUGAGAGGUGAGGCCUGUCAUGAUAACACAUUUUUUUGGACUAUAUAUUAUCUCAAAUUAUGGAAAACAUUGAUAAUAUUCUCAUAAUUUGGACUCUUUUAUACCACUGAUAUAAUGGUUAAAUAAUUGCAUAAUAAUACAAUUACACCCUUUUAAUUAGAAUUAAAGAUGUUAAAAUACCCAUAAUAAAUAAAAUGGUUAAAACGAAAUAAUUAAAAUGAGCUUUGUUAACAAAAAUAGCUCUUGAAUCAACAUUAGGCACAGGAUAUGUAUUACCAGCUUGGUUAACUGGAUUGGAGGGUUCCGAUUAAGAUGAGCUUUUCUAUUGUUUAAGGUUAGUAUUCUAGCAUUUCCUUUUAGAAUUAUGUGUGCGUUUUUGUCUCUUUGUCUCUGUUUCUCUUCACACACAAACUGAUGGUCACAUUUAUUUAGUUAUUAAUUGAUGGUUUUGGAUCAGGAAUCUGGAUAGUUGCGGCUGUGUGUCGCAGGUCAAAUGAAUGCGCACUAAAUCUUGAGACUAUUUUUGAAAGUGUUUAAAUGCAUGCCUUAUGAAUCAAACGAAUGGAAAUUUUAAUUGUACAUUUCCUAAUAACUUUUUAAUUUGUAUUGGUUUUUAUUGUGAGCAAGUCUAAGUGGCCGAGGCUAGCCAUGGAGUGAGUUCCAACAUCUCAACAGCUCUAAUCCUGAAGCAGUGGUGGUAAUAAUGAACGUAGUGGAAACCCUGUAUUCCCAUUUGUUGCCACUGUUUCUAAACAAACCCAAAAUAUUUUAUCUUGAACUCAUGUCUGGUUCGCUGUACGUUUUUGAUCUGUGGGGGUGGGGCCAGCGCGCAGGAUCCGUGUCUUAGUGACUGUAAACGCUCCCAUACACGGGAGAGGAGACAUUCUUAUGUAUACAAACACGCAUGUAAAGACAAUGGGAAAUUUAUCAAGGUCUAAAAAAACUAUUGACUACAUGUUAAUAUAUUGUAUUAUACGUCGCUAUAGUAAUUAUCAUGAGGUCACAGCAGCAUAAUAACAAAAACUAAUGUGACAUAGAUACUUUAUCAUUUUUGCUAUAUUAUGUAGCAUCACUAUAUUGAAAUGCACUUACCUUUCAUUUUCAACAGUGCACAUUAUAGGUCAAAGCUGUCACUUAAGACAAAAAGCUGCUGUCAAAAUUUUUUUAAUACCUUUUCAAGUUCUGACUUUUUUAGACAGAGCAUGUGACACGAUGGGUACCAUUCAGGUAGACGUGUUACGUACAGUAAAUGCUCCUGAACCCCAUACACUGUAUUAACUGACUUAGAAUAGUGCUGGUUUUGAGACUUUGACAGACUUCAACUGGAAACUAGUGCGUGAACCAGUUUGAAAUUCCUGCCAGCUUUGUAAUUGCUGUGGCUUACAUCCUCAUCUAUUUCUUUCCUCCUGUGAUGCCCUCUGCCUCUCUUGUGCCUCUCUGCCCAUGUGGGGCCUCAGAGAAGCAGUAGCUGUAAUUAUCCUUAAACAUCCGACCACUGUAAACAUGUUGAGUUAUUGGCACACUGCCAACUAUGUCACUGGUCUCUCGGGGUUGCUUCCUUUCCCUUUUUAAUAGAUAAAUCACCAUUUUCCUACAUGUGUCAUCUCACACAUCCAACAUUCAGGUGCUCAUUCAAUGUUAUAUGUUAAAAUUACUAUCGCUCUUGGCAGUAGGAAUUAGUAGAAACUUUUAAGGGUGAGAUAAAUGUAUGUCAUGCUAGCGUAAAGUAGCAAAAUAAUUGUAUUGAUCACCUUAGUGACUGAGUAUCCAUGUUCACGACCUGAGACACUAAGACGAUACAUGUAAACAUCUCUACACUUUUCUGCAGCGAAAAGGUCUAACCAUUGGUUGCAGAGGAGCUUAUGUGCAAAGUCAUAAAACUCAGCAACACGUGCAGAUGUGUCUGAUUGGUUGAUUGACUUCCUGUCAGGAAACAGGCUAGAAGCAGAAUAAAGCAAAUGGAGAUCGAAAUGUACUAGAGACAAGUAUUAAAGGAACAAACAAGCAUUUGCAAUGCAUGUUUUAUCACAUGCAACCUGGGAAUAAGUAAUUACGGUUUCAGUACGAUCAUCUCUUGAGCUUAAGUAGAAAGAUAUUUGAGUCUUUACAGUAGAUUGAAUUUAUGACAGAAAAUCACAUGUGUAUCGAAGAAGCCACAGCUGUGAGCCUGCUGGAUCUCUUGACCCAUGUGUAACUGGGUUUUGGUACCCCUUGUGUAUGGCUGCGCACUUCCGUUGUUGGGCUUUGCUAGGACCAAUGAGUUACUUUUGGAGUAAGAACAUUUUCUGUGGUCCCCACAACUUGAAAUGGCUGUUUGAUGGUUAAGAGUUGGUUAAAGGUUUUGCUUAUUAUCAGUUUUAGGUUACGUUAAAGGGAUAGUUCACCCAGUAAUGAAAAUUCACUUAUCUACUCAGCCCUAUGCCGAUGGGGGGGAGGAUGAAGUGUUUGAGUCAACAAAACACUUUUGGAAUUUCAGGGGUAAGCAGUGUAGCUGAUUAGUCACCUAUCUUCAGACGUGAUAAAACAACUGAACAACCAUAACAUACCUCCAUACUGCUCGUGUGGUGACAUUCAAGUGUCUGCAAGCCCCGACUUUCAUAUUCGACCUCGAAAUGAGGUCAUUUACAUCGUGUUUUAAGCCUUAAAGUCCACAGGAAGUAUAGGGUUUUUAUGUUUUAUUACAUCUGAAGGACUCACUAUUGACUUCACUUGUAUUGGAUUCUGCUCUAAGAAAGUUUACCCCUGAGACUCCAGAAGGGUUUUGUGGAAUCAAACGGUUCACCUCCCCCUCCAUCACCAUAGUGGUGAGUGGAUAAUGAGUGAAUUUUCAUUUUCAUUUUUAGAUGAAAUAUCACUUUUAAGGGGUGAGGGCAUAUAUAAUGUCAAAGCUUUCCUCUCAAAGAUAGAGAUGCAUAAGUGUGAGUGUUUGUGUCUGCAACUGCUUGACAUGCUUUUACCAGUUCCUAUUGCACACAAUACAGAUAGAAAAGUCAAAGCAAACCAUUUCUCAAAUAUAAGAUAAAUACACGUUUUCAUGCACAUUCCGACCUCAGUCCUGUGUCAUUGUAAGGAAGGUAAACGCACUUUGUGAUAUAUGCAUCAGUAUUUGUGUCUGAGGCAGAGAUCAUCCCUGUCCCACAUUUCCACAUUUUCAUAGUGGAAGAAGGCAACCCUAGUGACAGUACAUAAGCAGGGGUCAUUGGAAGGGCAUCGUGUCAAUGUUUUGUUUUUCUCAAAGUGUACCACAUAAUCGAAGCAGGUUGUAAUUCUGCUCAGAUUUUGCGUGGUUUGAAUCUCUGACUUGACUAUAGAAAGCUGCAUAUAUUCUACAAAGUUCUUCCAGAGCACUUGUUUUCUUACCUUUUCUGAUGUCACCCAUUAUUCCAAGGUUGGGUUGUUGGAUCGAAGAGCUUCUGAUGUACUGAGAAAGAAAGGUAACUCUUCCUGGUCUCAUCUGUGUAGAGGAUCAAGAUCCAGAGAAGCAUCAGUUAGGGAGCAGCUGGUCUGUUGAGAAUCAGGUCUCCUUUUAACAGUCUCACUGUAGCAAGGCAAGAAUAUUGUAACCAGCAACCUUCCAAUGUAUCCUCCACUCAUGAAAAUGAUUAUGUAGUGGAGAUGUAGGAGCCCCCCCCCAGCCGGACGUUGCGAGUGAUUGAUGUGAUAUCAGAAAAGAUAUUUAGGGAGAGAAAUGGUCGGAUGAUGCUCUAUCGUCUGCCUUAAUUCCACAAACUGUAUAUUGAAGGACCUCUACAAUUUCAAUUGUAACAAGCCUCAUUGUUGCACCAAUGUCUUAAAAUGCUACUGUUGUGCCUCCUAAAGAGUUUCUAAUCUCUUGACUGGGUUUAAGCACUUAUGACAUUUAAAAAAAGAUUAAUUUGAUCUGUACCUCAAACAUGCAGUUUGUUAUUGUAUUUGCUUGUAGUUUGUUUGGCUCUUGUGCCGUUAGAUACAAAUUAUAAAGGUAGAUUUUAUGAAUCUAUACUCUUUAUCUAGUGGCAGACAUUGACAUUAUAAUUCAGUCGAACUUUCUACCUCUACUUUUUCAUAUAUCUUUCUAUAAAAUCAUUAGAGGUAGUUUUAACCUGUAACAGUUAGGCAGUUUAUACCACCGGUGAAGGGGAUAUGUUAAAAAAGCUACUUUGAUGGACCGGAUACACAUUUAUAUCUCAGUGUGUUCCAGAGUCAAACAUAGUUCUCUGUACUUGCCUUUAAUGAUAUUUCUACUUAUGUACUACCUCAGAGAAGAGACAGGUGACUGUCCAUCUUAACUGCAGAGAAAAUAACUGUAAAGUAAUAUUUGUCAGAACAAGCACAUGAACUUGAUAGCUCAAUAGAUUUACUUAGGGUAGCUCACAUCAGAAUGUCUAGUUUAACGAGUGCUACAUUAUGUGUCGCAUCACAUUACAUUUGUUAAGCUGUGUCUCUGCCUCUUCUGUCUGGAAUGUUUACUGUGUCAAAGAAUAGGGGCCUCAGUCGAACGGUAUUCCACAGCUUUGGACCUACAGAUACCCACUCAUAGCACUACACCUGAAAGCAGCAUCCUCUUACCAUUUGUGAUACAUUUCCUCAAGAACAAUGUUGAAAACUGUCUCUUUACUGCUUCUCAAGUGUAAGUGUUUGCUGUAUAAUUGCUUGAAAACCUUUUGGUUUGUUUACUUAUCAAUCAAACAAAAGGGGCAGUUUGAACACAUUAGGGUGGGCUUAGGAAAUGCUUUUGGGACAUUUGUCCUUAUUGUCCAACAUUUUAUAGAAUGAACAGUUAAUGAAGCACUUGCAAAAACUACCUACACUCUCGAUAUCACUUGCUGGGGGCGUUGUUAGGUAAUCACAAAUGCUAUGUCCUCUGAUUACCAGUGGCAUAGAGACUAUCAGUUUGGAUAGCUCCGCUUUUGUAGUAGACCACACAGGAGAUAUAUAUGACUUGGACCUUGAAUCAUUAAAAUGUUACAUUAUUGGAUUGGUUCAUUUAUCCUGUUGCUGUGUAGCUGAUGACAUGUUUGAAGAUGGGACAGUGUGUUUGUACAGUUACACAAAGUCAAGCAUUCUAGACAAUGUGGAGAGAACAUAGUGCCAGGUUUCAUUUCACUAAGACAUCAUUCACUACAUCAUGUUGGCUGCUUUUAGGUUGGCUCUGAGAACCACCAGAUUCAGGUUACUUUAAUUUUAACUUUGACAGGUUUUACUAAAGGUGUUUGUUUUAUCACUUUAUAGACUAGAAAACUGUGAAAAUGGAGUUGUCAUUUUUUUUUUUGUUGUAUUAUCUGAAUACAAAGUAAUACAAAAUAAAUAAAUAUUUAGAUUUCCA